AUGUCUUGCCCCGCAGCGGCCGACUUCAGCGCCGACACUGCUGCCAGCCGGAGGCGCAUCUCAACAGCCUGCGAGGCCUGUCGCGUCGCCAAAGUCCGCUGCCUGCCCAGCGACGAAGACGGCGUCUGUCAAAAAUGUCUCGUCUCCAAAAAGGAAUGCGUCUCUCGGACGGGUCCUCGCCGGCGUCGCCCUAACAGGUCCAAGCUUCCUCACGGCGAGCAACUACCCCCGCCGCCCAAGCCAACCGGCACAUUCACCAUUGACAUUCCCCUCUCCGGACCGCCUGAGCCGGUCUCCUCCGCCGACACGUUACGCCAGUCUCACUCUUCCUACCUCGACAACCUCUUCCCCGCCGACCCCAGCACCACCACCAGCACCUCAUCCCCCAUCUUUCCCUGGCGCGGUAGCACCACGUCCUCCGAGGCCGGCUCCCAUCCCUCCGGCGCCCCGUCCUCCUUACUGGGCACCACCACCACCACCACCGCCGCCCAACCCAGCUUCAACAUCGCCUCCGCCGAGGCCCUCCUCGCCACCUUCCGCCAGAUGCUCCCCUGGUGCCCCUGCGUGCUCCUCCCGGACUCCCUCACCGUCGCCUCGCUCGCGCGCACCCGGCCCUUCCUGCUCCUCGCCGUGCUCGCCGCCGCCGCCGCCGCCCGCUCCUCGCUGCGCGGGCACGACCUGUACGACGACGAGUUCCGCCGCGUGCUCGCGCUCAAGCUCGUCGCCCGCGGCGAGCGCAGCCUCGAGCUGCUCCAGGGCCUGCUCGUCUACUGCCUCUGGCACCCGUUCCACCUGCGCCCGCGCCGCGUCCGCCAGGUCCUCCAGUACACCCGCAUGGCCGCCGACCUCGUCCGCGACCUUGAGCUUGACAUCCCGCCUCCAGCGGGGGGCGAGCAGCUUCCCGUGACGCCGGAGCGGCUCGACACCGUCCGCGCGUACGUCGCCCAGCACUACCUAUCGUCCACCUUCGCGGUUACCUGGCAGGCGUACCGCAGCAGGGACGCGCCCGUGCCCUUCACGGCCUGGACAGAGCGUUGCUGCCAGCUCCUCGCCCAGCACGCCGCCUGCCCCGGCGACGCCGUCCUCGCCUCCCUCGCACGUCUCGGCCGCACCGUCCGCGACGCCUGGACCGCCGUCCGCGACGGCGGCGAUGACUUCUCCACGCCCAGCAGCAACACCACCACCAACAACAUCGGCCUCGUCUUUCGAGGCCUGGAGGCGCAGUUCCAGGACCAAAAGGCCAACCUCCCGCCCGCCGUCGCCAACGCCCUACCUGUCCGGCUGCAGACCCUCUUUACGGAAUUCUUCCUCCUCGGCGGCUCCGUCCUUCGCAUGCCCACCUCCAAGCCACCGCCCGCCGACCCCUCCGCCGACCCCUUCCGGCCCACGCCCGCCCGCUUCCGGUCGUGCGUCGACGUUGUCGCCCAAUUCCUCGCCCUCCUCGCCUCUCUCCCUACCAGCAACCUCGCGCACUUUUCCAGCGGCGACUGGGGCCGGCUCGUCCUCGGCGUCGUCGUCGCCAUGCGCCUCUCCUUCCACGAGGAGGAAGACCCCGACUUUGACGCGGGUGCCUGGGCGCGGGGGCGCCUCGGCCUCGGGGAGUUCCUGGAGGCCAUGACGGCCAGGGUGGGCGAGGAUGGCCUGGCGGAGACGGCGCGGAGGGCGGACGUCGUCUCGGCGAGCAAGGUGGUCCUCGCGGUCGUCAGGGAGAAGUACGAGGAGCGGCUCGCGUCGCUGCAGCGGCGGCGGCAGCAGCAGGACGUGAUCGAGGAGGAAGAUCAAGCAGGACUGAACAGGUCUAGGUGUCCGAUGCUCGACGGAUCGCUGGACUGCUACUUCCCGCUUUGGGACAGCGGCGUCGGGCAGACGCCGGUGAGCGUGCCGCUGUCGUUUGCCGAGGGCGUACCGAUUGACGGCGACGCCAUGUUGGAUACCUGGAUCGAGGACCUCUUUGACUGGAUCGGUCCGAGGCAGGAUGUACACUAA